AUGGCCAUCUCACAAUUCUUCAUCUUGUCCCUACGAGGAGACAAAAUCAUUGCUCGUGAUUACCGCUAUGAUAUUGUUAAGGGUUCGGAAGAAAUUUUCUUCAGAAAGAUGAAAUCACUCUCAAGUGAUGGAUGUCCGGUUUUUGAAGUACAAGGUAUUCAAUUCAUAUCCAUAAAGAAGAGUAGCAUGUAUUUUGUGUUCACCUCCCGAUGCAAUGUUUCGCCGGCCACCUACGUCCAAUGCUUAAUUCGAAUUGCGAAUCUCAUACGAGACUUUUGUGGUGUGUUGACUGAGGAGAGCGUUCGACAGAAUUUCAUUCUCGUCUAUGAGAUUUUGGAUGAAAUUAUUGAUAAUGGUUACAUUGAAGAUUGCAGCACAAAAAUUAUGAAAACCUUCAUUGCGAAUGAACCCGUUGAAGUCUUGACGCCAUCCUCUUCCUUACUUUCUUCUUUGGGAAAUGCAUUUUCGUUCACAGAACCACGAACGACAACCUGCCAAGCAGCAAGAAGACCCAUUCAAGGAGGCAAUGUUAAAAAGAGUGAAGUCUUUGUUGACGUGUUAGAAAAGAUUAAUGUAACUUUUUCGGAAUCGGGCCAAAUACUCCUCUCUGAAGUCGUUGGUUGCAUCACAAUGAAAUCAUUCAUUCCAGGAGAUCCACUCAUCAAAAUUGGUCUUUCAGAGAAUAUUGUGAUUUCAUCAGAGACCAGCCGAAUCUAUGGAAGUGUCACGUUGGAUCAUGUUGCUUUCAGUCAUUAUGUCGAUUUGAACGAGUGGGAAGCAUCAAGGGUGUUGUCGUUGAAUCCACCCGAUGGAGAGUUCAAUAUUAUGGAGUACAGGUCGACCAAAGAAUACAGUGUACCUUUCAGAAUCAACCCAUACUUCUCAAGAGAAUCUCAAUUUAAGGUUAAGCUACUGGUGACUUUGAGAAAUGAGUUGCCAGCAUCCAAAGUGGCUACCAAUGUCAUUGUCCGAAUUCCUGUUCCAAAAGACUCUGCCACUGUGAGUGUGGAGUGUGGAGGAGGGCAACAACACGGUUACGAAUACAACUCUGCUGAGCAAGUUGUGCUAUGGGGUAUCAAGAAAUUCCCUGGUGCUUUGGAACAAGUCAUUAAGGUCACCAUUGUGACCAAUAAUCCUAUUACGUACGACUUGUCACCUCAAAUGGGUCCUGUUAGCAUGAAAUUUGAAAUUCCCAUGCACAGCUGUACAGGACUCGAAGUGAAAUACCUCAAAGUGUUGACACCAUCAUUAAUAGCAAGUCCAAAGAAAGGCAACGAACCCUCUCGAUGGGUACGUUGCAUUACACAAGGUAAUAGUUACAUUUGUAGAGUCAAUUGUGAUUGA